AUGCCAGUCAAGGACAGGACACUCACGUCGCCUAACCCCCCGGGGGCCGAACCCGGCGCCGUGCUCCUCGAGACGGAGCGGCUGCUCAUACGCCGCUACGUGGCUGCCGACGCGCCGCUGCUUGCUGCGGCGGCGAACCACCCGUCCAUCGGGGAUGGGCUGCGGGACCGGUUUCCCUCGCCGUAUGCCCUCGCUGACGCGGAGGAGUUCCUGGCGCGGCAUAGUGGGCCAGUGGAGAAUCGGUAUCCUAUCCAUGCGGGGAUCUUUGUCAAGCAGGGGGCAGCUGCCAGUGCGCGAGGGGAUGCGAAGGAGGAGGAUGGCAAGGAGGAUGAUGCUGGUGCUGGCGUGAGAGACGACAAUGUCAACGGCAACAACAGCAGCAACAACAGCAGCGAAGGCCUAAAGCAGCAACUACAAUACAUCGGCGCGCUGGGCGUCAUGCCGGGCGACGACGUCGAGUACCGCACGUGGGAGCUCGGGUACUGGCUCACGCCGACGGCCUGGGGCAGGGGCUACAUGACGGAGGCGGUGCGCGGGUUCACGCGCUGGGCGUUUGCGACGUGGCCGGCGCUGCACCGCAUCGAGGCGACGCCCUUUGCGGGCAACGCGCCGAGCUGCCGCCUGCUGGGCAAGUGCGGGUUCGUGGAGGAGGGGCGCCGGCGCGGCGCGGCGGAGAAGGGGGGCGUGGUGGUGGAUGUGGUUGUGUUUGGGCUGCUGAGGGGGGAUGUCGAGGCGGACAUGGGGCAAUGA